AUGGCCCUUACGUUCCGUGAUAUCAUGCUUUUCGUACUCCUCAUCGCCAUCCUACUCCACGAACCUACAUUCAAGCUCUUCGUCAACCUGCUCGUCAACGCACACAUCUUCUCGCGCAUCACUCUGGACACCAUAUGCACCCUGGUCGAUGCGCACUUCCCCACGGUCGCAUCUGUCACCACUGCAAUGUUCCACGAUCUACGAGCAUUCGUGUCGCAGCGGUAUGAGUGGCUGGACGGCUAUAUGGCUGAAUGA